CUCCUUUGGCCUUUUCACUCCUACCGGCACUGGGCGGAGGGGGAACCUGUACCUCCAGGAGUCGUAACCUGGAGUCCCGGCGCUCAGCCCCUCCGCCCCCUCCCCGGGCUGGCCAGCCCCAGGGAUGGCCCGAGUCCCCGCUAUUCUGGAACCAGUCUCCUGGGGCCGAGGCGGCCCCUCCCGCUCCCAUGAUGGUGCAGGCAGGGCCCUUGGGGUCUGGCGGGAGUGAGUUGAAGGCCUCAGUUUGCCUAUUCCUCGCAGAAGCGCUUCUCCUUUCCUGGGCAGGGCUCCCGCCCCAUGCCACCUUGCCGGGUCGGCCCCACCGGCUGGGGAAGCUGUUGAUACGCACGCGCCUCCCCUUUUCAAAGAUGGGGAUAUGGAGGUCUGAUCUGACCCGGGUGGGGGCUGCCUCGGGGCUCCCCCCCCACCUCUUCGUGAGUCACCGCCCUGUGUAGUCCCCUGCUCAAGCUCCCUGGAAAGCGGGAGGAGGAACAGAGGAGCUGGAGCUGAGCAGGCCCUGCCCCCCCAGGCCCCUCCUCCUAGCCUCAGAAUGCAGCCCACGGCCACCAUGGCCACGGCCGCCACCACCUCCGCCACAGUCGCCCUGACCACGACGUGGGACAACGCCACGGGCCGCCCCACCGGGGAGCCCGACCCCGUCCUGGACAACUACGUGCUGCUGGUGGUGGUGAUGGCGCUCUUCGUUGGGGGCACCCUCGUGGUGCUGUCGGGCGCGCUGCUGCUCUGCAGGCGCUGCUGGGAAGUCCACAGGCGCGUCCACAGAGCCACAGAGGAAGCAGAGAAGACCACCACCAGCUACCUGGACAACGGCGCCCGCCCUGCCCAAGACCCCGAGUUCAGGGGGGAGGAGCCCGAGGGCCAGGACGCCGAGACCGAGCGCUUCCUGUCCACCAGCUCCACCGGCCGCCGGGUGUCCUUCAACGAGGCCGCCCUGUUUGAGCAGAGCCGGAAGGCGCAGGACAAGGGCCGCCGGUACACCCUGACCGAGGGGGACUUCCACCACCUGAAGAACGCUCGCCUCACCCACCUGCACCUGCCGCCCCUCAAGAUCGUCACCAUCCACGAGUGUGACUCAGGCGAGGCCAGUGCCACCGCCACACCCCACCCCACGGCCGCCCCCAAGGCCAGCCUCGCCAUAUUCCAGCCCCCGGGGAAGGCCCUCACCGGCCGCUCUGUGGGCCCCAGCUCCGCCCUGCCAGGUGACCCCUACAACUCGGCUGUGGGCCCUGCCGACUUCGAGAUCAGCCCCUCGGCUUCCAGUGACUCUGGGGAAGGCACCUCGUUGGACGCGGGGGCCAGGAGUGCCAAGCCUGGUGGGCCGGGGGCCGCAGCAGGGCCUGGGGAGGCGGGCCCAGUCUCUGGGGCAGGCCCCGUCCUGCAGUUCUUCACCCGCCUGAGGCGCCACGCCAGCCUGGACGGGGCCAGCCCCUACUUCAAGGUCAAGAAAUGGAAGCUGGAGCCCAGCCAGCGGGCGUCCAGUCUGGACACGAGAGGUGGUGGGCCUUUGAUCCUGCAGACCCCUGGUCAUGGGGCCCUGGAUACAGGGCUUCCAAACCUCAACCCAAGGACCGUGCAUGUGUGUCUUGGGGGGGAGGUGGCACCAACAGCUACAACCAUCCCUGCUCAUGGGAGCUCAGCGGGGCCAGGCCGCUGGGGUGCCUGCUGCCCUGUGGAGGUGGCGGGUCCCACUGCCAGGAAAGGAGGGGCGAAGGGACGAGCAGUGUUGGAGGCCAGGGAAGGCUCCCCCAAGCGACACCACUUCCAGCGGCAGCGGGCAGCCAGCGAGAGCAUGGAGCAGGAGGAGGGGGACGCCCCCCACGUGGACUUCAUCCAGUACAUCGCCAGCGCUGGCGACACUGUGGCCUUCCCGAGCCCCCGCCCCUUUCUGGCCAGCCCCACCAGCCCCGCCAGCCCGCCCCCCACUCUCGGCAGGCUAGAGGCAGCCGAGGAGGUGGGCGCCGCGGGAGGAGCGAGCCCCGAGUUCCCCCCGGAGUGCGGCGUCAGCGCGGGGCCUGAGCAGCAGCAAGACUCAGAUGGUGAGCGAGACGCGGGGCCAGAGCAGGCCCAGACCAUCUACCGCGACAUCUGGAGCCUGCGCGCCUCGCUCGAGCUGCACGCGGCCACCGCCUCAGACCACAGCAGCAGCGGCAACGACCGCGACUCGGUGCGCAGCGGCGACAGCUCGGGCUCCGGGGGCGCCGCACCCGCCUUCCCGCCGCCCUCGCCGCCGCCCACACCACGGACAGCGGACGGCGAGGCGGGCGGGCCGCGCAAGCUGCUGCAGAUGGACAGCGGCUACGCCAGCAUCGAGGGCCGCGGCGCGGGCGACGACGGGCCCCCCAGCGCGCCUGAGAAGCGCUCCUCCUUCACGAGCGCGGGACGCGAGGCCACCGUGGGCUGCAGCUUCGAGGGUCCCGCGCCCGAGGCACCCGCCCGGCCCGGCAGCCCGCGCGCCUGGCCUCGCCGCGCCCCUCGCCGCGACUACAGCAUCGACGAGAAGACAGACGCGCUGUUCCACGAGUUCCUGCGCCACGACCCGCACUUCGACGACGCCCCUCCCGCCGCAGCGCGCCACCGCGCGCGCGCGCACCCGCACCCCCACACGCGCAAGCAGUGGCAGCAGCGCGGCCGGCAGCACAGCGACCCAGGCGCGCGUGCCGCACCCUCCGCCCCACCCGCAGCCCAGCCCGGCGCCCCCCGCCCCGCGCGUGCGCCCCUGCGCCGCGGAGACAGCGUCGACUGCCCGCCCGACGGCCGCGCGGGCGACGACCCGGCCGCGCCUCCCAUCCCCGUCAUCGAGGAGGAACCCGGCGGCGGCUGCCCUGGCUCCGGCCUGUGCGCCGGGCCCCCGGGCGCGCUGCUGGACAAGCUGGCGACCAGCCUCGACGACAGGCUCUUCCCGCCGCGCCUGGCCCAGCCCAUCGCCGCGGCCGCUGUGCUGGCCGCGGCCGUGCCCACGUCCCCCGACCACAGCCCGGUCUAAGCCUGCGCCCCGCGCCCACCUCGUCAGCUUAUUCGGCACCGGCGGGGCCUCGGCGCCGGACGCACCUGGGGCACGACGCUCUGGCGCGCCUGCGCUGGGACCGCGGGCCUCGAGCACGCGCGCAGUGCCCCAGGCACCCUGCGCCAGCCCGAAGUGCGCACGCACACAGUCCCCUCCGGGCACUUCACCGGGUCGACAAAGAGUGUGGCGGAUUCUCAUCUUCGGGGUCCCGAGGACCACAUUCAACUUCCCUUGGCCCCAGACAGCGGCCUCGGGCUAGUGACCGGGGCCGCCGUGCGCGCCGCGCCUCCGGCACGACGCAACGGGAAGCGCAUGUGUAGGGCUUGCAUCCUGGAGGGGCAAUGAGAGCCGACUGCGCGAGACGCAUGCGCAGAGCGCCCCUCCCAACACCAAUCGAGCCUCGAGACGCGUCCGGUUAGCACGCGCCGGAGUUCGCGCUAAGGCGCACGCGCAGGGACCCAGGGACGCCGAGGCUCCGCGAAGAGAGGGCGCGCGGGCCCGGGCUGUGAGGUUAGCUCGAGGCCGUGGCCUCCAAGCCCCCGAAGCCGUUUACCUCACCGCGGCGAGUGCUCGCGGCAGUUCGCGCCCCCUCCGAGCAAUAACCGUACCCGCCGCCGCCGCCGCCGCCGCCACCGCCCCCAGCCCUGUACACGCCCCCCAGUCCCCUCCUUCCCGGUGUCUGCACCCUGAACCCGCUCUCCGCAUGUUGAGCGGGCCGCACUUCCCGUAACCGCACCGUCCAAAGAGCCGCCAGGACUCACCAGUGUUUGAGACACAAAACCCAAACGGUCAAGGUUUCAAGUUUCCCAAGCUUUAUUUAUUGCCAAAAGAUGGGGCAGCCCUCGCCAGCGGCCGAGUCGCCCUGCCCCGCCCCUCGAAGCUUCGUGCAGUCUGUGUACCAUCCAGUGAUGGAGUUUGUGUUCUGUUUUCUGAUUGAUUAUAAAUAUUUACUGCAUA